AUGUCAGUAAUUCAAAAUAUUUUAAAGGAUGUAACUAAUCCUAGACUUUUAGAAACCGUUGGUAAUGAAGCUCAUUUAAAAUAUGCACAGCAUAAAGAUAUUGAGCAUAUACGAAACAUAGGUAUAUCCGCUCACAUAGAUUCUGGUAAAACUACCCUUACUGAAAGAAUAUUAUAUUAUACCGGUAGAAUUGAAAAAAUGCACGAGGUUAGGGGUAAAGAUAAUGUAGGAGCAGUAAUGGAUUCUAUGGAAUUAGAGAGGCAAAGAGGUAUUACGAUACAGUCAGCUGCAACUUACACACUUUGGAAAAAUCAUAACAUUAAUAUAAUUGAUACUCCUGGUCAUGUUGAUUUUACUGUUGAAGUCGAAAGAGCUUUAAGAGUUUUAGAUGGUGCUAUACUUGUAUUAUGUGCAGUUGGUGGGGUUCAGUGUCAAACAUUAACUGUAAAUAAACAAAUGGCUAGAUAUAAUGUUCCUUGUUUGGCAUUCAUUAACAAAUUAGAUCGUCAAGGAUCAAAUUAUAUAAAAGUAUUAGAAAAUAUUAGAAGUAAACUCAAGCAUAAUGCAGCUUUAGUACAAAUACCGUUUACACAUCAAAAUGAUAUAGGAAUCAUUGAUUUAAUCGAUAGGAAAGCAAUGUUAUUUAAAGGAGCUUGUGGGGAAAAUGUUGAAGAAAUUGAAAUCCCUAAAGAAAUGUUAGCCGAAGCGGAGGAUAGAAGGUCGGAAUUAGUAGAAUGUGUUUCAAAUGGUGAUGAAAUUUUGGGUGAUGCUUACCUUCAGGAAAAACCAAUUUCAGAAAAUGACAUCAAACAAGCUAUAAGAAGAGCAUGCAUAAGUAGAAUGUUUACUCCAGUUUAUGUAGGAACAGCUUUAAAAAAUAAAGGAGUCCAACCACUUUUGGAUGGAGUCAUUCAAUAUUUGCCAAAUCCUGGAGAAGUUGAAAAUAAAGCAUUUAAAGAUGAAGCAGAGGGAAAAGAAAAGGAAAAAAUUAUAUUAAAUCCGGAAAGGAGUGAUAAACAUUCAUUUAUUGGAUUAGCUUUUAAAUUAGAAUUAAGUAAAUAUGGUCAGUUAACUUAUAUAAGAUGUUACCAAGGAAUGUUUAAAAAGGGUGAUUCUUUAACCAAUGUUAGAACUGGAAAAAAGACGCGGAUAGGACGAUUAGUUCGUAUGCAUUCUAAUCAAAUGGAAGAAGUAACGGAAGCCUAUGCGGGUGAUAUAGUCGCCAUUUUCGGAGUGGAUUGUUCCAGCGGUGAUUCGUUUGUUAAAGACUCUAAAUUAAAUAUUUCUAUGGAAUCUAUUUUCGUACCCGAUCCGGUUAUAUCAAUGUCGAUCAAACCUGCUUCUUUAACAAACAGAGAAGUAUUUAGUAAAGCAAUUGCUCGAUUCGUGAAAGAAGAUCCUACUUUUAAAAUGUUUUACGAUCCUGACAGUAAAGAAACUUUAGUUUCCGGAAUGGGAGAAUUGCAUUUAGAUAUUUAUUGUCAAAGAAUGGAACGAGAGUAUAACUGUAAAGUAAUUUUGGGUAAACCCAGAGUUGCUUUUCGUCAAACUUUAACGUCUCCUUAUAAUUUUGACUACUUCCACAAAAAACAAUCUGGAGGACAGGGUCAAUACGGUAGAGUGAUCGGAGUUUUGGAGCCGACGGAGGAAAACACGGCGUUAGAAUUCGUCGACGAAAUUGUGGGGUCGAAUUUACCCCGGAAUUAUAUUCCGGCUAUAAAAAAAGCAUAUUUGGAAAUGUGCGAAAAAGGUUCGCCAAAGGGAUACAAAUUAUCCGGUCUUCGUUUUAGACUUCAAGACGGUGCACAUCAUAUCGUCGAUUCUUCGGAUUGGUCAUUUCAUUUAGCGACGGAAGGAGCCAUGAGAAACGCAUUCGACGAAGGGAUUUGGCAUUUGCUCGAACCCAUCAUGUUGGUUGAAGUUUCGGUACCGAGUGAAUUCCACGAAAUCGUUACGAUAGAUUUGAUAAAAAGAUGCGGCAUCGUUUUAUGUUCGGAAUUUUCGGAGGAUUAUUUCGUCACGCAAGCUGAGGUUCCCCUAUACGAAAUGUUUGGGUAUUCAUCACAUCUCAGAUCAAUAACUCAGGGAAAAGGGGAAUUUAGUAUGGAAUAUUGCAAAUACAAUAAAUGUCGUACCGAAGUAGAAGAACAACUUUUAAACGAAGACAGCAGUUCGGACAAAGCUUCGCAGAAAAGUCGAAAGAAAAAUUAA